AGCCAAGAAACUCCAAGUUGCACGACCAUGCUGCCCAUCCGUGCUGCGUUCGCAAGAGCCAACGUGUUUGCGGCGCACCGUUCCCCGGCCGGUGCGGCCAUCGUUCGUCUCAAAGCAACCCUUCCGGUUGUGCACGGCGGCCAACCACCAGACCCGUUACCAUAUUCACCGUUCGGAGCGAAACAAUCGAACACCGCCGAAUGGACCGUGGCCCGUUUGGAUGAUUUGCUAAACUGGGGCCGCAAAGGAUCAAUGUGGCCGACAAUGUUCGGCCUGGCGUGCUGUGCCAUGGAGAUGAUGCAAGCGGCCGCCCCACGUUACGAUAUCGAUCGGUUUGGCGUACUGUUCCGUGCCUCCCCCCGGCAGACGGAUUUCAUCAUUGUGGCCGGCACGCUGACGAACAAGAUGGCACCGGCGCUACGCAAAAUUUACGACCAAAUGCCCGAACCAAGGUGGGUUAUUUCGAUGGGCAGUUGCGCCAACGGUGGCGGCUACUAUCACUACUCGUACUCGGUGGUGCGUGGCUGCGAUCGGAUCAUACCGGUCGAUAUCUACGUUCCAGGAUGUCCACCGACGGCCGAGGCACUAAUAUACGGAGUGCUGCAAUUGCAGAAGAAGGUUAAACGCAUGAAAACGGUACAAAUGUGGUAUCGUAAGUAGGUAUGCGUUGUUUCUCAUUAAGUAGAAG